CGUUUUGCGGCGGUUCUGUCGUCUCUUUUGGCCGCAGAAAGUCCCAGGCACUCGAAGCCGCACGAACGAGCUAGGGUUCUGCAGGGGAAGGAGCAAGAAUGGGGCAUUCGAACGUGUGGAACUCGCACCCGAAGAGCUACGGUCCCGGCUCUCGCGCUUGUCGCGUUUGUGGGAACCCUCAUGGUUUGAUCAGGAAGUACGGGCUGAUGUGCUGCAGGCAGUGCUUCCGCAGCAAUGCUAAGGAAAUCGGCUUCAUCAAGUAUCGGUAAUGGUUCGGAGGAGAUGAAUAAAAUUUUUCCAAGGUCUUGCUCGAGGAGUAGCCCUUAUGGCAGCCAAUUGGUUUCCUCAUGCGUGGAACGGCUCUGGAACCGUCGACAUUCGAGCAAAUUAUGGAAUGUUAACGACAUUCUUUUGUUUCUUGCAUUGGUACUUACCUUUUGGUCUAUUUAAGGUCAUGUUUGUCAUCAAGAUUUUGGCUGCGGUCUCUCUGGUCACCUUUGUGCUUAAUGAAUGACUGCUGCGAGAAAGCAGGAAUACUGAAUUGCUAUUCUCGUUUCAUGAA